CGAACAUGUAUCAGUCGCAUAAGAGACUGCUCUACAGUAGUGGUUGAAAUAUACGUGCUCGAACAUGAGAAGAAUCGUGCUUCUUUCUUUCGUGUCUCUGGUUACGGCCACUCCGACGAUCGUGGACCAAGAUGGUAGACACUAUACAAUGCAAAUAUUCAAAAUCCAGGACGCAAUCGAUCGAUCCGAUCAAGCGGUUUCUGGUACUUCCGGUAGCGGUUACGAUGGUGGUUACGGAGGAAGCUACGGGGAUAGCUACGGGAGUAGCUAUGGGAGCAGUAAUUAUGGGGGUGAUCAUGGGGGUGGUUUCAGUCCUAGUUCCGGCGGGCAUCUAGAGUCCUCCAGCGGUCUUGAAAGUCAUCAAGAUUUUUCUUCCGGUGGUGGAUACGACGCUGGCGGUGAUGAUAGCAGCCAUGGAAUUUCGCUGGACAGCGGGCAUAACUACGUACACAGUGUUCCUGUUUCUGAACACAUCGAAGUGACAAAACCUGUAGCUGUACCAGUUUAUAAACACAUUGGUGUACCGGUUCCAAAAUCAGUGCCGAUAGCUGUGCCGCAUCCAGUAGCGGUUGGUGUUCCGCAACCUUAUCCCGUCCAUGUUCCUGUACCAAAGCAUAUUCCUAUACAGGUAGUGAAGACGGUAGCGAUUCCGGUGGAAAAGAAGGUUCCUUAUCCCGUAGAGAAGCACAUACCGGUACCCGUUGAGAAGCCAGUUCCCAUCACGAUCGAGAAGCAUAUUCCUGUUCCAGUCGUGAAGCCAUAUCCCAUCAAAAUUCCCGUUUAUAAAACCAUUUAUCAUCACGCGAAAAAGCAUUAAUGUAUGUCUAAGGGAAAAAGAAGCACGAUAUAUUAUCACACGAAAGUGAGUCAGAAGUAAUCCUUAGCAAUGCAUAUCUUUCAAAUAACGGAUUUUGUAUUAAACUCUAGAUAUUUUAAAAUAUUUAUCUUAAAAAAAUUAUAAUUCGUGAUAAAAGGGACGAGGAAUUGAUCAAUCUACAUACAAAUAAGGAUAAAUGAUAAAUAAUUACGGAUAUUUAAAUUUUUUAACUGUCAGAUUGCUUAGGAUUAAUGUAUUCACGCUAUUACAAACUAUUCAUCCAAAUCUUACGUGAUAGAUUGUUAUCUUCUUGUGAUGAGAAAAUCGUUGCUCAAAAACCAAUCGAAUUGGACCGAAACGAAAUACUAUAUUGAUACGUAUUCAUAUUUUUUGCUCCUAUAAAAUUAUCUCACUGUCAAUAAGAGAAAACUUGCGAAAAACAGUUCAUGGUUUAUUCCACUGGUCAAAUGCUUAUCGACGAUUUAUUUCUUGUAUAUAUUUUUAAGAGAGCAUUGUGCGAACUGGUAUAUUGUUAAUCUAGUGUUUUAAAAUGUUAUUGUUUUGUUGUUUUUCAAUAAAAUGCUUACAAAAAUA